AGAUUGUACAUCUGCUCGUGCAGCUCUGGAACAGAAGGAGUGGAUAAAAGGAGGUCCCACGCAAGACUUGCCUACGUGCUGCAAUUUUACUUGGGAGCUCUCUCCAGAAUGUAAAUACGUCACACAAGGAUCCAGUGUGCCAGUCAGUUUGUCCUCCCCCUGUUAUAUGCUCAGAACCAAGAAGAUGACAUGCUGGAUUUCGGUGUACUUCAUGCCGAUGCCAUGCUGAUGUUGCAGAUAGCCUGGUGUGUCAGCAAGCCACAACUCUGACAGUGUGCUAACUCACGGCCUUAGGCUGCAAGGAUUCUCUCUCUUAGCUCAUUUUUACAACAACUUUUUUUGCAGUAAGUAGUGAAGAUCAAUGGUGCUGUUAACGCAAAGGACCUGUUAAGUAUCAAUAGGAGAGUUCAGAAUAAAAUAUUAUUUAAAAAAAAAACUGCCUUUUUGACAUUUACUACUUGGAACUGGUACCUGGGCAUCAAGCACUUGAAAACCUUUGACAAGAGAGCCACAGUGAUUUUACACAGAGGAGAGAUUGGAGUUUCUGGUAACAGUCACUCUGGUGAGAUGCUACACUUCACACAAGCAUUUUUUCCACUUAAAGAGCAGAGGCAAGAAAGUUAAGAGAGUAAGGACGACAAUACUGGCAACAUCAAUCUGAGGAUGUGCACCUAUAGAAACACCAUGAAGAAACUGACUCUUAUAGUCUUGUUUACACUGGUCAAGCUCACAGUCAGUGUUGACAAAGUGGAGGAAUUUCAGGCUAAUGAGGAAAACGAGCAGCAGUUCAUCUACACAAACAGGUACAAACGCGCCACAGUGUCAAUGGAAAACAAGUGCUCAUAUACCUUCAUUGUGCCCCAGCAGAAGGUGACGGGUGCCAUUUGUGUGAACUCAAAACCUGAAUCGGUCGUAGAGAGCAGGGUCAAUAAGCAAGAGCUGGAGAUGCUCAACAAUGAACUGCUGAAACAGAAAAGACAGAUUGAAAGCCUGCAGCAGCUUGUUGAGGUAGAUGGUGGGGUUGUUAACGAAGUGAAGCUUCUGCGGAAGGAGAGUCGGAACAUGAACUCGCGAGUCACACAGCUGUACAUGCAGCUCUUACACGAGAUCAUUCGCAAGCGGGACAAUGCCCUGGAAGUUUCCCAGCUUGAGAACAAGAUUCUCAACCAGACAGCAGAGAUGAUGCAGCUUUCGAACCGCUACAGGGACCUAGAGCACAAGUAUCAACACUUAGCAUCACUGGCAAAUAACCAGACCUAUCUUAUUGCACAGCUGGAGGCAAGGUGCCAGCUGUUACCAGCUGCCAAGCCAGUACAGCCGCCACCACAGAAACGCAAAAUCAACCUAAUUACAACUAAUGAGAUCCAACGAGAUCAGAACCAUCAGGACCGGCGCCAAUUGGCGCUGAAUUUAUUGCCAACCAUGCCAGCUAUUCCUUCUAACAUGCCGACCGCAAAUACACCACCCGGGCCAUGGAAAGACUGUUUAGAAGCAUCAGAGGCUGGCAGUGAAGUGACCGGUAUCUACUUGCUGAAGCCAGAAAAUACAAACCGCCUCAUGCAGGUCUGGUGCGACCAAACACAUGAUCCCGGUGGCUGGACAGUCAUCCAGAGAAGACAGGAUGGGUCGGUGAAUUUCUUCCGCAACUGGGAGACCUACAAGCAAGGGUUCGGGAACAUCGACGGGGAGUACUGGCUUGGUCUGGAAAAUAUUUACUGGUUGACAAACCAAGGAAAUUACAAGCUGCUGAUCACCAUGGAGGACUGGCAGGGCCGCAAGGUGUUUGCUGAAUAUGCCAGCUUCAGGCUGGAGUCCGAGACUGACAACUACAAGCUUCGGGUGGGACGUUACCAUGGAAACGCUGGCGAUUCCUUUACCUGGCACAAUGGCAAACAGUUUACUACACUGGACAGAGACCGUGAUGUCUACACAGGUAACUGUGCGCACUAUCAGAAAGGUGGCUGGUGGUACAACGCCUGUGCACAUUCAAAUCUCAAUGGUGUAUGGUACCGUGGUGGACAUUAUCGCAGCAAGUACCAGGAUGGAGUGUACUGGGCAGAGUUCAGAGGGGGAGCUUACUCCCUGAAGUCAGUUACUAUGAUGAUUAGACCCAACCCCAACACUUUCCACUGAAAAGAACUAGGGGUCUUGAACACUCAGAAGUAGAACGGAAUAGCACCCUGUAUAUGAAAUCAGCCUUACAUCAACGUAUAUACACCAAGCUGUGCUUAUUCGGAGGUGAAAAGAAAAAUACUUCUAUGUAUUUAUUUCCUUCAAAUUAUGAACUUGUAAUGUCAUGUAUACAAACUUUUUUUCUCUUGCAUUACAGCAAUUUGCUGGUGAAAAUGCUGAGUUCAGACUUUUGUGCUUACAGUCAUUUUAAAAAAUAGUAUUGUAAUAAAAUUCUCUUGUGUUUGG